UUAAGAGAACCAUGGCACCUCUCAAGUCGAGGCAGACAUUUUUCAAUGCAAGAUUUUUUUCUUGCAUAAAUUAUGUUCAUGACGUAGUGCAAAAGGCCAAUUUUCUGGCAAUUUUGUCCGACUUUACAGCUCAAAUAGGAUUUUGUGAGACACCUCAAGGAUUUUUGUCUAUCUGAACUGUUGCAGAAAGGGCAUCGUCAUUAAAUAUUAAGAGAGAGGAGAUCCUAACAUUGCAACCCUCCUUAUCAAUGCAAAUACCUCUUUUGUGUGCAGUCACAGCGCCUGUCUGGGAGCUGAGAUGAAUUUUUAAUUAUGUGUGACUGAAACAAACUGUGACAAGGACCUUUAUAAGAGCGGGGGAUUACAGAAAAUAAGCUGCAUUUACGCGAAUGCCAGGAAGACAGUGACCGUGGUGGUGCAGCGAGCCAUGAACUCCCAGGAUCUCCCUGCCAAAGAUGCCCCACUUACUGUCAAUGAGCAGCCAUUCACUGUCUGACUGCAGAAGUCUUUUUUCAGCCAUUUAAAUCCUGCACUUUGAAAUUCCCUGCCAAAGACAACCAGGUCAUUGUGAUGUCCGGCCAUGAGACAAUUCGUGUGCUAGAGGUAGAGGUUGAUGCAUCUCUGCCAGCAUCAGUAAACGAUGGGAAGAGUGAAGGCAAAGCUGAGGAGGGAGUGGCUCAGGCCACCGCGGAGCAAACCGAGGGCGGCAGCACCCAGGACGGCCCCACUGUGCCCCAGAGCUCCGGGGGAAUAGUGCUCGGUGAGCAGCAGGUGGUGUCUGUAGAGGCCCCUGCCCCCACCGUCCAAACGCUGACUCCUGCUGUUCCCAUCAGUGUGUCUCUGCCGCAGACACAGGCCACCAUGCCCAUCACUGUACAAGGCUGUCCACAGGUGCUGACCCAGGACAGUCUGGCCACAUUGAUGACUGGUAUGAUGGCCCAGACAGGGUCACUGGGCCAGCCCCUGCUCAUCCCCCUGAGUAUGGCAGGCUCCAUCGGUGGCCAGGGCAGUCUGGCUGUCCUCACCCUCCCCACCACCAAUGUAGCUACUCUCCCUGGGCUCACAGCAGCAAACCCGGCCGGAAACCUCCUCAAGCUGCCCUUUGCUGGCCUCCAAGAUUGCAUACCCUUGAAUUUUCCUGCAGCUGCGACAGUCUUGAACUCAGUCCAGCCCCAGCUGCAGACAAAUGCACAGACAUUGUUCCAGCCUCAAGCAGCCUCCAUGCAGCCAGUCCAGCAGGCUGCUGUGCAGCAGGUGAUGUCUCAGCCAACACAAGUGACCACUGCCCAGGUUUCUGCUGCUCAGGUGGCAGCUGCCCAGGCGACCUCGGCCACCACCACUGUUUCUCAGUCCAACAUAUCUGUGGCAGCGCUGCAGACCGCGGGACUCUCCAUCAAUCCUGCAAUUAUCAGUGCUGCUUCCUUGGGAGCACAACCCCAGUUCCUUAGUUCCCUUGCCUCUACUCCCAUCAUCACCAGCGCCAUGUCCAACAUGGCUGGCAUCACCAGCCAGAUCAUCACAAAUGCCCAGGGACAGGUUAUAGGAACCCUCCCACUGUUGGUGAACCCAGCUUCUCUGGCUGGAGGGGCUGCGACUCCCACCCUCCCCCUCCAGGGACUCCAGGUCCAGACUGUCACCCCACAGCUGCUUCUCAACACCCAGGGUCAGAUCAUUGCCACUGUAGGGAAUGGACCUGCCACAGUUGCCACUUCUGCUGCAGUUCUGCCCAAAGCCGCUGCUCCGCCAACACUCACCAAGCCUAACACACAGGCUUCGGUAACUAGUGUCACUCAGUCGCCAGUUGUCAUCGCCCCGCAGCCGUCUGUACUGAAGACCACCACCACGCUCUCCUCCACGGCACCCAUCACUUGUGGAGACAUAGCAAAAGUGGGCCAGCUUGUCAGCAAACCCCAGCAGGUAGUCAGCAGCGAGGAAGGCAUUAAUCUGGAGGAGAUCCGAGAGUUUGCCAAGAAUUUCAAGAUCCGUCGGCUGUCCUUGGGGCUUACUCAGACACAAGUAGGACAGGCUCUGACUGCAACCGAAGGUCCAGCUUACAGCCAGUCUGCCAUUUGCAGGUUUGAAAAGCUGGAUAUCACCCCCAAGAGCGCCCAAAAGCUAAAGCCGGUGUUGGAGAAGUGGCUGGCUGAGGCUGAGCACUGGAACCAGAAAGGCCAGCAGAAUCUGAUGGAGUUUGUCGGCGGAGAACCCUCCAAAAAACGCAAGCGGCGUACUAGUUUCACCCCACAGGCAAUAGAAGUUCUUAACUCCUACUUUGAGAAGAACGCACUGCCGACGGGUCAAGAGAUUACUGAGAUUGCAAGAGAGCUAAACUAUGACCGAGAGGUUGUGCGAGUAUGGUUCUGCAACCGGCGACAGACGCUGAAAAACACAAGCAAAAUCAAUGUCUUCCAGGUUCAGUAGCGACAUUAUUCUGGGAGAGUUCGCUGCUGAUCUUUUAUCCUUUAAGGAAGCUGAACAUUUAAUACAACAACACAGAUGUAGAUAGUGUUGUAAAUAUGAUUUAAACUCUGUUAAGGCUGAAAGAAUAUGAACUUUUUGAGAAAAUGAAGGAAAUACAGGAUUGAAGUCGUAUGAUAGAAUACUUGCAAUGAGUUAUUAAUUUUGUUUUAAGGCUGUAUAUGUGUUACUUCUUUGUGGUGGGUACUCAGUCAAACUGCAUGGUCCGCUUAUCAUAUACAGCUAUUAUAACAUGUCAUAUUUAAAAACAUUUGAUGAACUUUUAUACAAGUGUUUUUCUAGGCUACCGUAACGGGCAAGCAUUGGUUAACAUUGAGUUUAAUCACAUUGAGGUCACUUUGGCACAAUGACUGACAUUAUACUUGUGCCACAAUGGAAGUUAAGCUCCUCAUUUACUUUAUAUUCACGUAGUAUUUGUACUGCAUGAGCUGCUCUGCAAACAUAAAUACGAUUCUGACAGACAUAAGACUGUAGGCUAUAAGCAGGCAAUAACCUAUAACCUUGUUUUCAUCAGAAUUAGUUGUUAAGGAAUGUCACUUUGCCCUCUAUGGACUCCUGACUCUGCAACAAGUUUUUGGGACAAUCAUCAUUUGAUAUUUGUUACUGAUAAUCACAUAGAUGAAGAGUCAUGUCCUCUUGUUUGGCUUUGAUAGUUUUAUUCAGCGGUAUGAAAUGUGUUGCACUGUUGGGUGUUCACAGAGAGGCUCAUUUCUGAUGUUUCAUUGACAACAACUUCUUGUCAAAAUGAAGUAGCUCAGGCUAUUGCCCAUGAUGCCAACCUAUUUUAGUUUUUAUUAACUGACAAUUAGCUACUGAUCAUGCAAAUACACAUACUUUAUUUGUGGGUGAUCCAUGUGUGUAAAUUCACCUCAGUCUGUCCACUUUUUACACUUUCUGUUCAGUGUGUUUAUAAUACUCUGAGAGUAUUUUGUGUUUACUCUGUUCACUGUUGUGAUUAUUCCCUUAAUGGCUUGACAGUGCUGUUUCCUCUCAAGUUAGAUACUGUAAAGUACAUUUGCUAAAUGGCCUAUAAUGAACUUGAAAUAGUCUCAUGAUGCCUGAAACAUUAGUGCCAGAUUUUUUUAGAUACUCUUACUAAGCCUAAUAUCAAUCAAAUUGAUUAACUGAAUUUCAAAGAAUAUGUUAAUUGUUUAGCCAAGAAAGGAGGUUUUGUGGUUUAAUGUGUUAUGACUUUCAAUCUGAAUGAGUCAGAAGAGUUUUUGCAUGUGCAGUAUAUUUAGGAACGAUACUGUGGCAGUUUUCUUUAUGUUUGCCAAUUCUUCAAGAAUUCUUUGCACUUUAGUGUCAGCUGGGAAAGUUAAAGGGUUACAAAUGGUUUAUGUACAGUGCAAAGUUCCAGUUACGUUUGUGAAAGAAUUUCAUUUCUGCGUUUUAAAGUUUUUGAACAGCAAGAAGCUUUGCUUUGCAAAAAUGUAGCAGUACCGGCAAAAUUGCAAUCAUCAACUUGACAAGCAACAUCUAUCAUUAAGAUUAAUGUACUUUUUAUGCAGAUGAAAUGUAAAAUACUGCAGAUUAAAUAUAAAAACUAAUAUGCAUUAAUCACAACUUUAAAAGAUUUUGAGUUUGUGAAUGAUAAGUUGAAUGGUACAUUUUAUGUUCCACCUUAGAUUUGCCUUUUGAAUAACAGCAGGCUUACGUUGCAGUGGACAUAUAGUAUGCCUAACCAUGAAAUAAUUAAUAUUUAAAAAGAUUUUGCUUUAACAUGUAUUUUACCUUCAUGUUAAAUAUGGGAAGGCACUAUAUAUAAUAUUGUUUAUUAUACUAAGAUAUCAACAGAGAAAAGGAGAGUUAGAAUGAUAAGAUAUCAGCUAUUAGUUUCUUGACUGCAAAGCACACAAAACAUUCAGGUCUUAGUGAGACAAGGGAAAAACAAAAGUUGGAUGCUUUUUGUUAUUUUCUGUCAGAUAAAUAAACCCUGUCUUUAUUAAUCACUCCUGAUUGUUGUGUAUUUAUACAUUUUCAGCAGUUUAUAUUAACUAUUGACAUGCACAAAACAUAGACUGAAAAAUGUUUUUUCUUUUUAGAAAUAAAAUACCACUUCUGAUCAUGG